AUGGCUCCCAUUAUUUCUAUCACCCUGCAUUAUCUGUCCCAUAUUGACUCGUUGAGACCACUUCGACGCCAUGAUGCAGUGGUACCUCUCACAGUGUGGCGCUACCAAGACCACACCGCUCACGCCAACGGCGCCACGCAGUUCGACUCCGAGAACCCAGAUGCAAUGACCGGCCUGCUCCCCGACCCCGGCUUCAUGCCGGACCCCAACAUGGCCGGCCUGCCCAUGGGCGAUCCGUCCAUCAUCCUGCCCUCCAUGUUUCCCAACGGCCAAGUGCCUGCUCCCGAGCCGCCACAAGCCAAGCCAAUAUCCGCUGACGAAAUCGCCCUCUAUGACCGCCAGAUCCGUCUCUGGGGCAUGGCCGCGCAGGCCAAGAUCCAAAACGCCAGCGUCCUGCUCAUCACCAUGCGCGCCCUCGCCAACGAGGUCGCCAAGAACCUCGUCCUCGCAGGCGUCGGCUCCGUCACCAUCCUCGACAGCGCCACCGUCACGGACGCCGACCUCGGCGCGCAAUUCUUCCAAAGCGACGGCGGCGGCGCGAGCCACGUCGGGCGCAACCGCGCCGAGGCCGCGGCGCCCGCCCUGCGCCGGCUCAACCCGCGCGUGCAGGUGCACGUCGACGCCGAGGGCGUCAAGAGCAAAGGCCCCAGCUACUUUUCCCGCUUCGACGUCGUCGUCGCCACCGACCUGGACCCGGACGCUUUCAACCUUAUCAACACGGCGACCCGCCUCCACGGCAAGGCCUUUUACGCGGCCGGCACCCACGGCCUCUACGGCUUCCUGUUCUGCGACCUCAUCGAGCACGACUUUGUCAUUGAGCGCGCGGCCGGCAACGUGCCCACGCAGGCGCCGCAGCAGGAGACGCGCACGCGCUCCAUCCUCAGCGUGCAGACGCGCAGCGAGGGCGGCCGCACCGUCGAGUCCGUCUCCAAGCGCGAGCUCUACUCGACCUGGUUCCUCGCCAGCGACAUCGCCACGCUCCCCGCAGAGUACACCGCGUCCAAGCGCCGCCUGCGCGCCGUCACGCCCGCGCUGUCGUGCCUGCGCGCGCUCUGGGAGUUUGUCCAGCGCCGGCCCGCCGGCGCCGGCCUGCCGGCCACGCACGACGACCUCAAGCUCUUCACGCAGCUGGCCACGCAGAAACACAAGGCGCUCCACCUGCCGCCCGAGACGCUGCGGCCCGAGUUCCUCCGCGCGUUUCUGCAGAACCUCGGCGCCGAGGUGGCGCCCGUCGCCGCCAUCCUCGGCGGCCAGCUCGCGCAAGACGUCAUCAACGUCCUCGGGCAGACGCAGCAGCCGAUCCAGAACACCGUCAUCUUUGACGGCAACACCAUGGAGGGCCUCGUCUACGCGCUCCACCCCGAAGGCGCGCUCGGCGCCGAGUUGCUGUCCGCCGGCGCCGCCGGGGUCGCCGAUGUCAAUGGCGUGGUGAUGCCCGGCGGUGUGCCGCUGGUGGAUAUGAAUGGUCUGGGCAUGAUGGGCCAGGUCGGCUUCUCGGUAAACGGCGCCGGUCUCGCGCACAACGGUAUGGGUAUCCCCGGUCUCGAGCAGCUGCAGCAACAGCCGCAGGAGGGCGUGCAGCCCACGCAGCAUCCCGCCGCGGCCGUCUCCGGCCAGCCUGGCCAACCCAGCUGA